AUGGCAGACCACUAUGAGAAACGAGAGGAAGAGGAAGAAGAAGAUGAGAUUGGCGAACAGGACUUCAAAGCUCAGAAAGAUGCUCUCAUUUUCGCCAUCGAUGUGAGCAACUCAAUGUUACGACCACCUCCUAAGUCAAAUGACAAGAAGGCGGACAAAGAUCCUCCUGUGUUUGCUGCGCUGAAGUGCGCAUAUCAAGUGAUACAACAGCGAAUUAUAUCUAACCCGAAAGAUAUGAUGGGAAUUAUUCUCUUCGGCACCGAAAAGAAAAAGUACCGAGAUGAGGAGAACCCUCCUUAUCCGCACUGCUAUGUCUAUACCGACCUCGAUAUUCCCGCGGCUGAAGAUGUGAAGAAUCUCAAAGACCUUCUUGAAGGAGGGGAAGAUGCCGACGAGAUUCUCACACCAUCUAGUGAAGGAGUUGUAAUAGGAAGAUUGCUUUUCUUAGUGAAUAAUCUCUUCACUACCAAGGCACCGAACUUUGGAUCCCGAAGACUCUUCAUUAUCACCGACAAUGACGAUCCUCAUAAGGAAAGCAAAGAGCUUAGGGAAAACGCAGCAUGUCUCGCCAAAGAUCUAUACGACUUAGGUGUCACUAUAGAACUCUUCGCAAUUACUCGUGAGGACGAAAAGUUUGAUUUCACCAAGUUCUACGACGACAUUGUUUAUCGAGACCCAGUCGUCGAAGAAGCACAUCUUGGGAGGGUAUCCACAUCGAAGUCUGGCAGCGGACAGACACUUCUAAGUUCGUUAACUUCAAAUAUAAAUUCUAGACAAACUCCAAAGCGAGCAUAUUUCAGUAAUAUGCCGCUUGAGCUGGGCCCCGGACUUCAGAUUUCGGUUAAAGGGUAUAACAUCAUUAACAAGCAGGCCCCCGCACGCAGCUGUUAUAUUUGGCUAGAUGGUGAGAAAGCACAGAUUGCCGUUGGCGAAAGUGCCCAUAUUGCCGAAGAUAGUGCCAGGACGGUACAUACAGGCGAAGUCAAGAAAGCAUAUAAAUUUGGUGGUGAAUAUGUCUAUUUUGGCGAAGACGAGCAGAAAUCCAUCAAAGAAUUUGGAGGUCCAAUAAUCCGAAUCAUUGGGUUCAAAGACAGAUCACAGCUAGGAUUUUGGGCAUCUAUCAAAAAAUCCAUCUUCAUCUUCCCAAGCGAAGAAGGUUACGUUGGGUCCUCACGUGUCUUCGCUGCAUUGUGGCAGAAACUACUCAGGUCUAAAAAGAUCGGCAUUGCGUGGCAUAUUGCUCGAACAAAUGGAAACCCUCAGCUGGUUGCUAUUAUUCCCUCUACCGCGCAAUCAGACCGCAAGUCGGGCAUAGAUUUCGUACCGGCUGGCUUAUGGCUUUAUCCAAUUCCAUACGCUGACGACCUGCGCGAGGGCCCCGAUCAGGCCAAUCUCGUCAGAACCACGAACCAGUUGACUGACACGAUGAACAAGAUUAUUGGAAAUUUGCAGCUGCCAACUGCCACCUACAAUCCAUCAAGAUAUCCUAAUCCCGCACUUCAAUGGCAUUAUAAAAUUCUUCAAGCCCUUGCACUAGAAGAAGAGGUACCUGACAAACCAGACGACGCGACCGUCCCCAAGUAUAAGGCGAUCCACAACCGAUGUGGUGCAUACAUUCAAGAGUGGUCACGGACAGCGGAUGACGUUUUAGGCAUGGCUAGAGAUGCUAAAGCUAUCAAACGGGAGAUGGAAAUCGAUGAGGGGAAUGAUGAGCCUAGGCCAGCAGCGAAGAAAUCGAAGGCAGCUGCAACGAAAGCGGGCGGUAGUAGUACAGAGAUGAAUAACGCACAACUAAAGGAAAGAUUUGAACAAGGCACCUUGUCAAAGCUGACAGUAGCUGAAUUGAAACCGAUCUUGAACGACCGAGGGAUUGAUUCGAAGGGGUUGAAAAAGACCCUCCUCGAGAGGCUUGAGGAAUGGAUUGAAGAUAAUAACGGCCCUGGAGUCAUCGGCGGAAUGGAUGCCCUCUUGGAAUCAACCAGGGGUAAUCUGGUAUGCAAUUCUGUUCAAGAUGUACAAGAUCGACUGCACCGUCUUCUCGCUUCCAGAUCGUCGGAUACGCGCGCAGAACAUGCCUCUUUUACGUUCGAGUUUCGACAUAAUGUGGUCUUUCACUUGAAUCCGGAUACCGAAAAUAGCCCCGCUGACAGUGUCGUCAACCCUACCGAACAAUCGCACCACCAACCUAUUACCCAAUCCGUGAAUGCCUUCGAAACAGUACAAAACCAACCCAGCGAUGACCCUAUCCUCCAGCGUGCUGUCGCAAAGCAUAUCAUCGGUGCGAUGGGAAUUGUAGAUAAUAGUUCGUGGACAGUACGAAAAGUUUCUCGGGAUUCACAAGGUUGGACGUUCACAUACAUCUGCAAAGACUCGCUACAAGCAUGGAAUCGCGCGAAUACGAAGAACAUCGAGAAGCAUGUAAUUGGUAGCUAUAGCGGGCCAGGCAGCUUGGAUCCAAUUAAUGCCUCUCGUCCUGCCUUCGAUUGUCGCGGAACUCUCACGAUUGCCUUUUCGAAAUCUGCCAGAGCCGUUAUCGUUAAAUAUGAUCACACGCCUAUACACAAGACUGUCGCGCAGUUGGUAGAUCUUAUAGCACCUACUCUACCGCCCCCACCCGUCAACAAUGGCGGCACGGGAAGCCAGAGAACGCCAAGGGCUAAGCGACCUCCACCAGCGGAAGGCGAAGAAGGGAGCCGCAGGAAACGUUCAAGGAAGAAGGAAAAGGCACCAGAAGCACCGAUGGAAGAGCAACCUCCUGGGGAUGGCCAAAAUAGUCAGAACAUUGCCGAAUCGCAGGCUGUGAACCAUGGCGGUGUAUAUGUCGCAUCGGUUCCGAUUGUUCCCCCCGAUGAAGUUAAACGCCGUAGACAAACGGCGAUAGAUCUCCUUAAUGGAAGACACAUCGAUCCUGCGACACUCUCGGAGGAGCAAUUUAACAUAUUUGCAAAUCAGGCACCAAAUCUACAGGCAACUUCGUUAGAUAUGUUAGCUACGUAUGGCCCCGCGAGGUUAAGAAUUGUUCAUCCAGAUGAUAUAGAUGACAAUUCAACUCCCGCAGAAGAACAAUCUACCAAUGCAACCCCUGCUACUGUAUCGGGCCAGGCGUCUACUUCUGGGGUAACCGAGACACCAACGAAGAAGAGGCGUCCUCGAAAGAAAAAGGUUGACGGGGCAGUAACUGAAGUUUCUAUCGGUGAUGGUGCAGUAGUGUCAGUACAACAGAGCGGCGAAAUUGGAACGACAACUUCGACUCUGAAAUUGACGACUAAGAAAACACGCGGAAGUUGUGAGACUUGCAGAGACAGGAAGCUCAAGUGUACUAAAGAACAUCCCAGUUGUUCUGUAUGUACUACAGCUGAGGUGCAAUGUAUUUAUUUACCACCGAAACCACGACGGAAAAGAGCGAUACUUUCUGGUGAGGUUGUUGAAAAUGAAGAUUCCGACCUACCUGGAGAAAGGGAAGAAUUCCAGGCCCAGAUGCAAUCUCAGGAGACACCAUUGCCAAUGCAAAUACCAACAACACAAAUGCCAGUGCAGUACCAAGGACCUGCUAUUUCCCCGCCGAUCCCAGAUCCCGAUAAUGAAGAAUUCAUCCCAGAUCCAAACAUCUUGUCGGGGCCUGUUGAGCAUCCUCCCGCUACCACGCAACCUCCUACACAACCUUCCACAAUGCAAUACUACCAUCAGAAUCAUAGCAAUGGGCUCACAUUUCCCCAGAAUCUGCAGCCCUCUACCGGGCCGACAGCAAUAUCAACUUUAACAUUCCCAGAAUCUCAAACCCGUGAAACCCAAUCCGAGUCUGCUAAUUUAGUCUUUCCGUCGACAUCAUCCCAUCAGGCUGAGAACUCAUCAGGUUCAACCUUUCCGCAACCGGUCCCAGUAACAAGUCAGAAGGCGCAAAACACGCCCACGUCUAACCGACGUAGUCUUCCCACCACGCAAAAUAAGCAAACACCGAUACCCACACCCGUACCACCACCUACCAUACCGCAGCACCCCCCCAAUUGGAAUUCCCCCUCCACAAUAGGGCAUGCUACUACAGCACAGCAGGCAAAUGACACUAUGAGACAACCACCAGCCGUAUCGCAUGUCGCAGCGCAAAAUCAGAGGCAGCCGUCGCCUGCAACGGGGUCACCAUACCAGACUACAACUCGCGCAAGAUCUCGACAAGACCAUAGGUCACAGACUGAUACGCCCGCUGUAUCCACAUCUCGCCCUCCUCCGCAGGCCCCGCAAGCUGCUGUCAGUGCCUCCUAUAAUACGCCUACAUCAGCUUCGAUUUCAAGCUAUGACCCUUAUCCACGUUAUGACAACGCAACUAGUAGCCAAUAUAGCAAUGCAAACAACGACCAGGGUUCGACUCGCAUUGCAUAUGAGCCUGGCUCGUACCAGGCUCAUGCAGCUGCUAUAACGUCGGCGUCCUAUUCCUCAGCGCCGGCAUAUGAUUAUCCUCGGACUACAAGUUCAUCGGACCCUCUCUCCCAAGCCCUCAACUCAUCAUCCGGAUACAACAACAAUACCAGCAGCAGUACUGCAACUUCUCAAUGGCCCACCUCACAAGCUCGAGGCAGCCAAGCGCACUCCCAACCACAAGCAAGCAAUAGCUAUCCUAUGACAUCAACUACUGCAUCCACCUCUAAUAACUAUGGCACAAGUUCUGCGGAGUCGCGGACUUCCCAUCAGAAUACCCCUUAUACCCAAUCCCAGCCUCAAUCGUAUAAUUCUUACUCGGCACAGCAGCCGAGCAUGAAUCAGCAACCCCAGCAAACCUGGUACCGCUUUAACGCCAACAAUAAUAGUAGCGCCGGUACAAACCAAAACACUUACAGCAGUAACCGAAACAGCGGCUACGGCGGCACCGCAAGCUCAAAUCAGACCGCGUAUAGCAGCCAUAGAUCUAACGUGUCCAACUACCCUGGGCACAAUUACGGGUCUGGGUCGGACGAUCAGAGCAUAUACGAGUUGCUAAGGGCCAACGGCUCUACACAUUAG